AAACCUCUCUCUUCCCUCUCACUCUUCCCUCUCACUCUUCCGUAUCUUUUCGGCUUCUACUUUCACUUAUAUUUUCUUUAUUCUUUCUUAAAAUGAUCAAAAUCCAAUUUUUUUCUUAUAUUGGAAGAGGGACCAUGUCUAUGAUUGAUUAAUUUAUGGUUCUUGUCAAUAAAUUUCGAUUCUCUGCAAGUUCAAUCAGGUUUUUUGUUUUUGAAUUUAUUAAAACGGAUUAUAUAAAUAAAUCGAUUGCAUAAAAUUGUACUUACUUGGUGAAUAUGAAUUAUACAGCUUUGUGAGGAUCUUAAUUAGUUGUACGAUUGGAAUCUGUUUAAUCUGAUUGAAUUUUUAAUUUGUUUGGAGAUAAAGACGAUGUUGCCAAAAACUGAAUCUCGGAAGAAGAUAGGUGAGAGUACAAAUAGUUUGAAGUUGUUAAAUGACAUUGAAGCUAUAAGCAAAGCUCUUUAUUUAGAGGAAAAAUCUGUAAAAAGUUUGAGUUCUACUGCCAAUACCCGGUCCAAAUCGGCCGGGAAAGCCCCUUUGCUUGAUGCCAAAGGGAAGUUGAAAGACAGUACUGAAGAUCCAAUUAUAAAGAACAAGAAGUCCAUUUGGAACUGGAAGCUCUUAAAGGCCUUCUCUAGUAUUAAAAAUCGUAGGUUUAGUUGUUGUUUCUCUCUCGAAGUCCAUUCUAUUGAAGGUUUGCCACAGACUUUUAAUGAUGUUAGUCUUCUUGUGCACUGGAAGAGGCGGGAUGGGAGUUUGGAGACCCGUCCAACUAAGGUUCUUGAUGGAACAGUUAAAUUUGAAGAGAUUCUGACACACACUUGCUCAGUUUAUGGCAGUAGGAAUGCCCAUCAUUCAGCGAAGUAUGAGGCAAAGCACUUUUUGCUUUAUGCUUCUGUGUUUGGAAAACCAGAACUAGAUCUAGGGAAGCAUCGGGUUGACCUCACAAGGUUGCUUCCUCUUACAUUGGAAGAAUUGGGGGAUGAGAAGAGCACCGGGAAGUGGACUACUAGUUUCAAGUUAUCAGGGAGGGCUAAAGGUGCUGCGAUGAAUGUUAGUUUUGGAUAUACUCUUAUUGGGGAUAACACAAUUCCUAAUGGAAAUAAUAGGAGUGUUCCUGAGGUGGUGAAUGUGAAGUGGAAUGACUUGGGUAUGAUCAAGCCUAUUACUAAAUUUGGUACAAUGCAGCAGAUUGAAAGCAUUCCCGGUAAAGUUAAUCAACUGUCUCAUUCCUCAACUCACUCCAUGGAGGACAUCAAAGAUCUGCACAAAGUUUUGCCAACAUCAAGGUCGGAGCUUGCCAGUUCGGUACAGAUGCUGUGUAAAAAAUUUGAUGGAGAAAAUUUUGAUACAUCAAUUGAUCAUAAACCUGAACUUGAUCCAGUUGCUGAGCAUCAUCUUGAGCCUAUCAAACCACAAUCAUUUCCCAUGUCUGUCUCUGGAAGAGAAAAUGUUGAUAAUGAGUAUGAAGACAAUGAGUUCUCUGUAAUUGAACAAGGGAUAGAAUUGUCAUCAGAGGAACAUAAUGAAGAAAAGUUGGAUUCAUCAAUUGAUCAUAAACCUGAACUUGAUCUGGCUGCUGAGCAUCAUCUUGAGCCUAUCAAACUACACUCAUUUCCCAUGUCUGUCUCUGGAAGAGAAAAUGUCGAUAAUGAAUGUGAAGACAAUGAGUUCUCUAUAAUUGAACAAGGGAUAGAAUUGCCAUCAAAGGAACAUACAAAAUCUCUGGAAUAUACUGUGGAAACUACUUCUUUUCCUACCUUAAAAAGUUCUGAAGUUGAAGUUGAUACCUCGGCAACAGCUUUUAAAAAGGGAGAACUUUCCCAGGAUGGGAACCAUGUCAGUGACAUAAAUAAGAUUGUGGGAUCUUAUUGCAGUUCCAAAGAUGAUGACAUAUACUCCAAAGAAUCAUUGAUGAAAGACUUGGAAUCAGCUUUGAGCAGUGUGUCUAAUUUGGUGUUAGAAGCUGCAGAUUCUCCUGAAUGGCCAGAGAGUCACAUGGAAAUUAAUAGUGAUCAUAAAGUAAUUGGGAUGGGGAGAUCACAUAGCUUGGAUGAUGUUACUGCAUCUGUGGCAACUGAAUUCUUGGAUAUGCUGGGGAUUGAGCAUAGUCCAUUUGGCUUGAGUUCUGAGAGUGAGCCAGAGUCUCCAAGAGAGCGCUUGUUAAGGCAACUUGAGAAAGAUGCUCUAGCUGGUGGUCGUUCUUUAUUUGAUUUUGGUAUAGCUAAUGAGGACCAAACAGAAUUUGUUUAUGAUGCUCCAUCUGUAUAUGAGAGUGGAAAUUUUUCUGAGGAUUUUGAGCCUCCAUCUGCAGUUCAAGCUGCUGAGGGGGAGCCUUGGAUGUCAACUCAGGAUAUAAAGAGCAAAAUGAAGGCCAUGAUGUUGGAAGAUUUGGAAACAGAAGCCUUAAUGCGUGAGUGGGGGCUGAGUGAAAAGGCUUUUCAAAGUUCUCCAACUGAAAGCUCUAGUGUGGUUGGGAGUCCUUGUGAUUUGCCUCUGGAAGAGCCAUUUCAAUUGCCUCCGCUUGGAGAAGGAAUGGGCCCAUAUCUUCAGACAAAGAAUGGAGGAUUUUUGAGGUCUAUGAGUCCAUCACUUUUCAGCAAUGCCAAAGGUGGCAGGAGCUUGAUCAUGCAGGUCUCAAGUCCCAUUGUGGUACCUGCAGAUAUAGGUUCUAGUGUAAUGGAGAUACUGCAGCGACUGGCAUCUGUUGGAAUUGAAAAGCUCUCAAUGCAGAUGAAUAAACUAAUACCUUUGGAAGAUAUAACUGGGAAAACAAUGCAGCAAGUGGCAUGGGAAUCUGCAACAACUCUAGAGGGACUUGAGAGCCAGCACAUAUUGCAACAUGAUACAGAGGCUCAACAAGACUUUUCAGAUGUGCAGAAGACAAUGAGUGGAAGAUCAUCUGGAUACAAGUCUAGUAAGCUUAGUUCAAAUUCAACUGGCAAUGAAAUUUGUUCAGAAUAUGUAUCCUUAGAAGAUCUUGCUCCUUUGGCUAUGGAUAAGAUUGAAGCACUUUCAAUGGAGGGGUUGAGAAUACAAUCUGGCAUGUCUGAUGAAGAUGCACCUUCAAACAUUAGUGCAGGUUCUAUUGGGGAAAUUUCAGCCCUUCAGGGCAAGGGGUUCCAUAUGACUGCAUCACUUGGUUUGGAAGGAACUGGUGGAUUGCCAUUGUUGGAUAUAAAAGACAGUUGUGAAGAAGUAGAUGGGUUAAUGGGUCUUUCACUAACUCUUGAUGAAUGGAUGAGGUUGGACUCUGGCGAAAUCUAUGAUGAAGACCAAAUCAGUGAGCAUACUUCAAAAAUACUUACUGCCCAUCAUGCUACAUCCUUGGACUUGAUUCAUGGAUGGUCAAAGGGGGAGAGAAGGCACAGGAACGGAUCUGGGAGAAAGUAUGGUUUGUUGGGAAAUAAUUUCACAGCAGCACUGAUGGUGCAACUUCAUGAUCCUCUGAGAAAUUAUGAACUGGUUGGUGCACCAAUGCUUUCUCUUAUUCAGGUGGAGAGAGUUUUUGUCCCACCAAAGCCAAAAAUAUAUUGCAUGGUUCCAGAGUUGAGGAAUAACAGUGAAGACUAUGAUGAAUCUGAGUCAACAGGAAAGGAGGCAAAAGAGACAAAAGAAGAAAAAGCUGCUGAAGAGGAAGGCAUUCCACAUUUUCGAAUCACUGAAGUCCAUGUUGCAGGUCUGAAGACAGAGCCUGAAAAGAAGAAGCUUUGGGGCACCAAAACCCAACAACAAUCAGGGUCUCGCUGGCUGCUUGCUAAUGGAAUGGGAAAGAACAAUAACCAUCCAUUUAUGAAGUCAAAGACUUUUUCAAAAUCUUCAGCCCCUCUGACAACAAAGGUGCAGCCCAGUGAUACUUUAUGGAGCACCUCAUCUUGUAGUCAUGGUACUGGGGAUAAAUGGAAGGAAUUGGCAGCAGCCAAUGCGCAUAUUCGGAACCCUAAUAUUAUUUUUACAAAUGAAACUACUAGGUUGCAGUGACUUGCACAUGCAUUUAAGUGUCACUGGAAUCAUUGGAAUCUGUAUGAAACAGUUUUAACCUGUUUCAUGAAGAUGGUUCCAUGCAGAUUGUAGAGUUGCUGAAAUGCAUGAUUAUACCUUACGGUCAUUCAUGAGAUGGAGUUGUUAACACAAUGCACUCAGUAGACAAGAUGAGUUCUGCUUGUAGUGUUUUUCUUGUAUUUACUUGAGAAAGAUAACCGAUAUUUUGUCCAUGCAAUACAAGGUAAAAUACCAAUGGUUUUGGUGCA